UGAUAAAUCAACACUAUAAAAAUGACUUCAAACAAUGAAGAAAAAGAUCAAGGAUACAACAAGCUUUCAGCAUAUUCGCAUAGCUUUGAAGUUUCAUGUCAAAAAGAUGAUGAGGUACCCCAGAACAGCAGAAGAUUUUUGAACAGCAGUGGGUUACAUUUAGAGGAUGAGGAUAAAUAUGCAUACUUAAAGGCUUUCUUUUUCAUGACUUUAGCCACUCUUUCAUGGUCUCUUCACCAUUUAUGCAUGAAAUUAAUUUAUUGGAGAACACCAGAGAUCACUGGAUUCGAUACAAUUUCAUUCUUUGGCUAUUUCACCUUUGCUUUUUAUUUUGGAUACGGAUUGGUGACUGGUGUGGAUAUGAAUAUUUUCAACUAUGGUUCCCAAGUAGUUAAGAUCAUGUCUGGAAGACUCCUAUGAGGAGUCCUACUAGACAUCUUCAUCAGUAACGGUCUCAGGUUUAUCCCCAUAAGCAAAGGUGUAUUGAUUUUCUCACUAAAUCCGCUCUUCUGUGCUAUAGCAGCUGCUAUCUUUCUCAAGGAAAGGAUCACUCUAAUAUCCAUCGGGUCAACAAUAGGUGCGUUUUUAGGUAUCUACCUCUUAACUCUAAACCAAUCUGAUGAAGUGAAGGAAGACUCUCGUGAAUUACUAGGCUACACUCUGACACUUCUGUCUGCAGUGACUUAUGGAUCAGUAUUUGUGUUUUUGAGAGCACUGAACAAUAUGAAUUUGCCGCUGAUAAUCUCCCCUUUAUACUUUGGAAUAGCUACUUGUUUUCAGACUUUAUUGGUCUUCAUAUUUAAAAGAGAUUUGCUAAAUUUUGAGCUAUAUGACUCUGUCAAUUUGAUCCUUUUAUCCUUGGUAGGAACUACAGCUGUCACAGGAUUGAUAACAAUGAACAUAGCAAACAAAUACUCUCUAGCUUCAAAAAUGGCUCCUAUAAGUUAUCUUGAGAAUGUUUUCACUCUCUUAGCAGAUAUCCUAAUAUUUCAUUAUCACUUCGUCUCAACAGAUGUGGUCGGAAUGAUCAUAAUUGUGAUUUGAUUGGCAGCUCCAAUGAUACUAAAAUCAUAG